AUGGCUCCCAAUACUGCCGGUCCGCAGAUCUUUGACGACGCCCACCGCGCCCCCGGCAGAUCCUCUGUCUUCCGAGCCAUCAUGUCGAAGCCGCAUAAGCGAAACCAGUCUGCGGACGAUGCCAUGCCUCCGCAGUUCAAAAACAACAAGCCAACGGGCACCGUUCCUUUCCCAUGGGCAGACAAACCUGCUCCGGAACCCGGCCAUCUUCCCUUGGGAGAGAUCGUUCCGAAUCGCGAUGCUCGCGACAGCUAUGUGCCCGCAGCGAAGCCAGGGAAUAAAGAGAAUAAAGCGCCUUUGCAUAAGAAGACGAAGAGCGCAGUAUCUCUGAAAUCCCUUCGAAGUUACAUGGAACGAAAGGACACCAAGCUGGAAGAACCCCAAAUCGACGAUGCCGACGAGUUGAAGCCCAAGAAGACCAAGUCAACCAACAGUUUGUCGGCUAUCCUGAAGCGAUCUCAGCGUGGACGCAAAGCCGAUGGAGCGAAGCAGACCCGCGAUAAAGAGAACCGGAGCCCCGUUGAUCUCGUCGACAACAUGCCAUCCCCCGUUUGGCCCCAAGAAGGCUCUAUCUACCAAGCUCCUAGCGGUCGGUCGCGACAGAACUCAACCGCGGAUAGACGUCGAAGCGUCGCAGAGGAAGUGUCUCUGUACACGCCAAAGGCAUAUAGCCCAGCCCAGCAACGAAAUUUUUGCGACUAUCAGCAGCCGUCUCUGACCAGACAGGGAGAGGUAAAGCCUCGUCCCAAGUCGGACUGCCUUGCUGGCAACAGAAAGAUGAAGGACAUUCUGGGCCUGCAGCGUGCACCGUCCGGAGGCAGUAAUGCCAGCGACCCGGUGGAUAGUGCAUCAUCCAAGGGGCAGGGUCUUGAUAGAGCGAGGAAGAUGUCCGUUCCGGAAUCACCUGUCCCUCCGCCAAAGGACCAGCGGAACGGGAAGAGACUUUCCCGUGUGCAGGCCGCGAUCUCGGUGUUCAACACAAAGGAACGAGAUGCUGAUGUCCAGAAGCACUUGAGUUCCAAGGACCUUGAAAGUGAAUUUGAGAAGCUUCUGGAUGCCCGAAACAUUCCUCACAACAUGCGGGACAAGAUGCGCUCUCUUGAUACCAACAUCAAGGCCGACUUCAUCCAGAAGGACCGCACCGAGAUGGCCACACCCGUCAGCUCUGGUACCUCUGACAGUCGGCGUGGUCGUGGUAAGGACUCGAAGGAUUCUCAGGAUCGUAAGGGCUCGCGCUCGCGCUCCAGGAGCCGUGGUUUCACAUUUGGCCGGGGAUCUUCAUCCCCCGGCAAAAAAGCCCGACCAGAGAGUGGGAAUUUCCAUCGCCCCAGGUCUGUGGAUCUGUCCCAGCCAGUAGGCGUCUAUACAACUCUGAGUGCUGCGGGUUCUACCGCAUCGCUUUCUGAAGCGGCAGCCGUAGACACCGCAGCCGAUCCAUCUGACUUCGUGCACUAUCUGAGAGAGAUCCAAAAGCCGGAGAUGGUUGAGCUGGGUAAACGGGUUCAUUUCCGAGGGGGGAUGGAUGAGAUUGUCCAACUCAUCUACCGUAUUAUGAAGAUGGAGUGGCGGGAGGACCACGAGGAUACUCUUCUUCACGAGGCCUUGCUAUGCUUGAAGGCUCUUUGCACUACAUCCAUCGCAUUGGCGCAUCUCACUAGCAUUGAAGGUGAACUCUUUCCAGCUUUGCUGAAGAUGUUAUUCGGCGAGGAAAAGAAGGGCCCGAGCGAGUUCACAACUCGGGGCAUCAUCAUCAACCUCUUGUUUACCCAGCUCUCUGCGACUUACCCCAAUGAGUCGCAGUCUAAGCGCGCUGAGCGGAUUCUGUCGUAUCUCCGAGAUCCGUCUCCGGAGGACGAGAGUCAGCCUGUCUCGUUCAUUGCCAAUAUUUACCAAUCACGACCGUAUCGAGUAUGGUGCAAGGAGGUUACCAAUGUGACCAAGGAAGUCUUCUGGAUCUUCCUCCACCACCUCAAUGUGAUCCCGCUCCCCAAAACAGACCCUCAGUCGGACGAUCCGUUCACGGACAAACGCCCGGUUGAUACUCGCUCCUACUGUGAGCGAAACUUCCCUCCACCUCGCCCUCCGGUCCCUGCUGCCCCUUAUGUUGGUGGCGUCGAGUGGGAUGCAACCAACUACCUUGCCUCGCAUUUGGAUCUUCUGAAUGGUCUGCUUGCCUCCUUGCCCACAGCGGAUGAGCGUAACAAGCUUCGGUCUGAGCUGCGGGCCUCCGGCUUUGAAAAGGUCAUGGGUGGCAGUCUACGUACCUGCAAGGAGAAAUUCUACUCCGCAGUUCACGAAUGUCUUCGCACCUGGGUUGCUGCUGCGGUUGAGGAUGGCUGGCCCUAUCUGAUGGUGCGCGAAGGACCACCUCGUGGGGAGCCAGGCUCACCUACCAAGUCCCCCAAGAAGGCUGCGCCCGGUAGUCCCAAGAAGGGUCUACUGGACGACAAGCCACCUCAGCUCAACCUAGCCCUGGAUUUCUCAGACAGUCGCGUGUCUACUCCUCUGGGCCCAACAACCCCAUCCAGCGAUAUGCCUCGCUGGCUUUAA